CGCAGAGUCAAAAUUCGCCACGACCGGUCAAGGCGAUCCAGACAGCUGUAGCUUAUUCCUACUCGUAAAUAUUUGGGUACCUGGCUUUUAGCUCGCGUCCCCCGAAUAUGGCUUCUGUCACUGUGCAGUCUAAUGAGAUUGCCAAAGCCAGUUUACACGUCGCCCUUCCGUGGUACACGCACUUGUACACCGUUCCUUUCCUCUCGCUCUAUCCGCUUCUUGCAUAUGCGUAUUAUAUCAAGUACGACGACUGGUUGAAAAGUGAGGAGUGGACUUUCCUAGCCUGUGUAUCUUUGGGCGCAGGUCAUGCUCUAAGUUUCCUGGUUACUCGAUGGAGUGCUGGCGCGAAAGCUUGGAUCACAACACGAAAGGCGCGGUCUAUCGAGGACGCGGACUGUAUACGCUUGGUUCCUCAUGUCCAUCGUGGUCAAGGCGAUAUCGUUCCAUUACUCAAGGGAGUUCCUUCAGAACCGAUGUCCUACACGUUCAAUUACCAGCGAGAUACUUACGUCGUCGCCGGCAAGAGUCCCAUCGUGUUUACUCGUCUCCCUUACCCGUCCACCCAGUGUCCAUCAUUAUCUACCUUUUCAAGUCCCACUGGCCUCAGUCCGGGCGCAAUUCCACCCUUGAAGUCACUUUAUGGCAAGAACGAAUUCAACAUUCCGAUCCCUUCUUUCUCCGAACUUUUCGGUGAACAUGCGACGGCUCCAUUUUUCGUCUUCCAAAUAUUUUGUGUCGCGCUCUGGUGUCUGGACGAGUAUUUGUAUUACAGCUUAUUCACGCUAUUCAUGCUCGUGAUGUUCGAGUGCACUGUUGUUUGGCAGCGUUUGAAAACUCUCACAGAAUUCCGCACGAUGGCUGUCGCUCCGUAUCCUAUUCAGUGCUACCGGGAAUUAAAGUGGAUUGUCAUUCAGUCUGAUGAGCUUCUCCCUGGAGACCUUGUUUCCGUUGCACGACAGCAGUCUGAAACAGUAGUUCCUGCCGACGUUCUUCUUCUGCAAGGAACAUGCAUCGUCAAUGAAGCCAUGUUAUCAGGAGAAUCCACGCCGCUACUCAAAGAAUCCAUCCAGCUUUUUGACAGCAAAGACAAACUCGACGUUGACGGCGCGCACAAGAAUGCAGUUCUGUUCAGCGGAACCAAGGUGCUUCAAGCAAGCCCAACGGGUCAAGGACAAGGUACUGCAGCGACUCCGGAUGGUGGAUGUCUGGGACUUGUCUUGAGAACCGGUUUCGGCACAGCCCAGGGGCAGCUUGUGAGGACGAUGAUAUUUUCAACAGAACGCGUUUCCGCGAAUAAUUUCGAAUCAUUCCUAUUUAUCGGGUUCUUACUCAUUUUCGCGAUCGCCGCUAGCUGGUAUGUUUGGGUGAAGGGCAUCGAGCGGGAUCUGAAAAAGUCCAAACUCCUGCUCGACUGUGUGCUCAUCAUUACGAGCGUCGUUCCCCCGGAAUUGCCUAUGGAACUUUCAUUGGCUGUAAACGCGUCCUUGGUUGCCCUAUCAAAAUUCGCGAUAUUCUGCACCGAGCCAUUCCGCAUCCCAUCCGCUGGCCGCGUCGACAUUUGUUGCUUCGACAAAACGGGAACUAUUACCGCGGAGAACCUAGUCCUAGAGGGAGUUGCUGGCAUAGACGAGUCAGACAAAUUGAAGCUUGUCGAUGUCAAGGACACCUCCAAAUAUACCACCCUCUGCUUGGCUGCGGCACACGCGCUCGUUCGUCUCGAUGAUGGGACGAUUGUCGGAGACCCAAUGGAGAAGACGACGUUGGAAGCCCUUGACUGGCAGCUUUCGAACGGUGACCAAGUAGCGCCGUCUUCCGCCAAGGCGCCAAAUGCGUCGAGGAUAUUCAUUCGACGUCGUUUCCAGUUUUCGUCGGCUCUGAAGCGCAUGUCCACCGUGUCGAGUUUGCCCAGUGGCAAGGUCCUCGUCUCCGUUAAAGGUGCACCAGAGACGAUCAAAGGCAUGCUCGCGGAAGUCCCCGAAUGGUAUGAUGUGACGUACAAGUGGUAUACUAGGCGCGGAAGCCGUGUUUUGGCUCUAGGCACGAAGGAGAUGGAAAGCAUGUCGAUCGAUAAGAUUAAUAAACUACACCGCGAGGAUGUUGAGAGCAGUCUUGUGUUUGCUGGAUUUUUAGUCUUCCAUUGUCCUCUCAAGCCAGAUGCUAUAGAGACACUCAAGAUGCUCGCUGACUCAUCCCAUCGCUGCAUUAUGAUUACCGGUGAUAACCCAUUGACGGCGGUUCAUGUCGCCCGGGAUGUCGAAAUUGUUGAUCGCGACGCGCUAAUUCUGGACUUGCGCGAGAAUCCCGCACAUGAAGGAGAUCUGGUCUGGCGCACUGUGGACGAAACCAAGAUUAUACCCGUGGAUCCGUCUCAGCCUUUGGACCAACACCUCUUCGAUGAGUACGAUAUUUGUGUUACCGGUGCCGCUAUGAAGCAGUUCGAAUCUCGUCCUACGUGGAACCACUUGGUGCAAAAUACCUGGGUUUAUGCUCGAGUCUCUCCUACGCAGAAGGAGUUCAUCCUUACGAGCCUUAAGACGCUUGGCUACACUACCCUCAUGGCUGGAGAUGGCACCAAUGACGUUGGCGCGCUCAAGCAGGCCCAUAUCGGCGUCGCUCUUUUGGAUGGCACACCUGAGGACCUCCAGAAAAUUGCAGAACAUCAGAAGACCGAGCGGAUCAAGAAGGUUUACGAGAGCCAAUUGAAAAUAUCAUCGAAGUUUGGACAGGUCCCACCACCUGUGCCUCCUGCUAUUGCGCAUCUCUACCCAGAUGUUGUUGAAGCGCAGAAAAGGGCCGCGGAGAACUUACAGGCCGCGCGUAAGAAGAACCCGAUGGAGAAGUUCGACCUUGCUUCGAUUACUGACGCUAUGGCAAACAUGGACGGUGAUGAGGAUGUUCCUCAGAUUAAACUUGGAGAUGCUUCAUGCGCCGCGCCAUUCACAUCGAAGCUGUCCCACGUCGCUGCCAUUACGCACAUUAUCAGGCAAGGUCGCUGCACUUUGGUCGCCACCAUUCAGAUGUACAAGAUUCUGGCGCUGAACUGCCUUAUCACGGCGUACAGCUUGUCGGUCCAGUAUCUUGAUGGUAUCAAGUUUGGCGACUAUCAGGUAACCGUUAGCGGGAUGUUGAUGUCUGUCUGUUUCCUCUGUAUAUCUCGUGCCAAGCCGGUUGAAAAACUGUCUCGUGAGAGGCCGUUAGGCAACAUCUUCAACCUCUACGUCCUACUUUCUGUGCUACUCCAGUUCGCCCUGCACAUUGUAUCGCUCGUUUACAUCACGAACUUGUCACAUUUCCAUGAGCCAGCUGGUGUAAUUGACCUCGAAGCCAAGUUCGAGCCAAGCCUCCUGAACACCGCCAUCUACCUACUGGGUCUCUCUCAACAGGUCUCGACCUUUGCUAUCAACUUUCAGGGCCGCCCGUUCCGUGAGGGAAUUCGCGAGAACUCGAGCUUGUAUUGGGGACUCGUCGGCGCCAGUGCCGUUGCAUUCUCUGGGGCUACAGACUUCAUGCCCGAGUUGAACAGAUGGUUACAGAUUGUCGAGAUGGAGGGACAUUUCAAGGUCAAGUUAACUAGCGUCAUGAUCUUGGACUUUGUUGGGUGUUGGGUGAUCGAGAAGCUUUGCAAACGCCUCUUUGCAGAUCUCGAGCCUAAACCUUUAGUCACUCGGGGUAGGGAACGGAGAGAGGCGAGACGAAGGGAAGAGGCUAGACUAGCAGAUGCGGCAGCCGCGGAGAAGAAAGCUCAGUAGAGUCGCUACAUACUUGAGACUCCCCUCGCAAAGCUUUCGAGAUCAUAUAUUAUCUUAGACUUCCAUGGACACGUUUCAGAAUCAUAAAUUCACCACUUGAAUCUCCGCCUGAAACACAUC